AUGGGCAGGUCUCGGCGAGGUGCCCGAGGUCGCUGCGGCCGCCGUUCUCUCGACUGGCCCCCCUCCGAUCUUCUGCGGGGACAGCGGCUCGGGCAAGACGUCCUCGCUGCGGGCCCUCCUGCGGGAGCGCUUCCGAGACGCGCUGCGGCCAGGGGCCAUGGUCACGGUGCGGGAGCGGCCGACCCAGGCCCGGGGCCUCGACGGGGUUGUCUUCCCCGCCUUCGGGCAGAUCGCGGCCGUCUCGGGCGAGGAGAGAACCACGGCGGCGGCCCCGGCCGCGUUUUUAGCGUCCGCCUGGAGGCGGCGCCGGAGACGGUCCUGGGCGGCCUGUCGGAGGGGCAGGUGGAGCUCGCGGUGCUCCCAGAGUUCGGGGCGGCGACCUGGGGCAAGUUCAGGCCGCUGCUCAGCGCCUUCCAGACCGCCGCCGAGGGCAUGGACUGCCUCGGGGCAGCCGGCCUCUCGUCGGUGCCCGCGUGGCUCGGGCCCCACGAGGUGUUGUCCCAGGGCCAGCGCUACCGUGCCAACCUGGCCAUGCUCUUGGCGCGCCGCAGGCGAGCAGAGCAGAGGGGGGAGACGAUACCCGUGGGCCUGGACGAGUUCACCAGCGAGCUGGACCGCCCGGUAGCGCAGGCCGUGGCUCUGGCGCUCCGCAAGCGCAUCGCCCGCGAGGGCUCGCGGGGCUGGAUGCUUGCCACCUGCAACGCGGACAUCAUCCCGUGCUUGCAGCCGGAGUACCUGGUCGUCUGCCGCGCCGGUCAGAGGCCUCUGCUCGUCCGAGGUGGAGCCUCGAUCAUCGGCCCAUUCCUGCCAGCGUGGUCACCGAGCUCGCCACGACCCCAGCGCCCGCGCACCGCUUCGUGGGCAUCUGGCAGGCAGGGGAGGACACGGGGCCUCUGCGCAUCGGCUUCUCGGACGCACCCGCGCACGCUCGAGCGGAUGUCCGCGACGACGCUGGACGGCAGCUCCAGCUGA